AUGGCCAGCCAAGUUGUACCUGGAAAAGUUGAAGGAGACAAAUACAGAUCUUUCUUAGAUGAUGAAGCUCAUACCACACAUUGGAGACACGGUGGACCACCCAUAUACGAUGCUGUCAACAAGCUCUUUGAACAAGGAAGAACAAAGGAAUGGCCUGAAGGAUCGUUAGAGGAGACAGUCCAAAACGCCAUAAAAUCAUGGGAGAUGGAGCUUUCACACAAAACCCGCGUGCAAGAUUUUAAGACUAUAAAUCCUGAAAGGUUUAAGCUCUUUGUUAAUGGGAGGGAGGGAUUAACUGCAGAGGAAACAUUAAGGUUGGGAAGUUAUAAUGCUUUGAUGAAAAACUCAUUGCCAGAAGAAUACAAGUAUUACAAAGCGGAAGAAGAGACAUUUGAAUCAUCUCACGAAGCAUUUCGAUCAGCAUUUCCUCGUGGAUUCGCAUGGGAAGUCAUCAAAGUUUACAGUGGACUCCCUGAUAUUGCUUACAAGUUUAGGCAUUGGGGAUUCUUUGAGGGUCCUUACAAGGGACAUGCACCUACCGGCAACAUGGUUGAAUUCUAUGGCAUUGGAACUCUCAAGGUUGACAGUUUAAUGAAAGCAGAAGAAGUGGAGAUUUACUAUGACCCUGCAGAGAUGAUGGGAGGCCUUCUAGCCGGAAAGAAAACAUCCGAUGAUAACACCAAAACUUCUCAAGGAUGUCCUUUUUCAAAAUAA